CUGAAGUGAGAUAACAGGACAAAAGUAAAUUUUCCUUUUCUUUGGUUAACUUUAACAUUUUAUUAUCAGCCAACAGGACUACAUUUUUCCCUUUGAAAAGGGUUAUCUAAGUUAAAAGACUAAAUUAUAAAAAAAAAAAUACUUUUAGUUAUGAGUGGUGCUAAAGCAGGUGUGAAAAGAAGAAAGCAAACAUUUACUAGUGAAGAACUCACGGAAUUACCCAAAAAUGAAUUAAUUGAACGCAUCAAGCAAUUAGAAGCUCACAAUAAACAGCUAAAAGGCAUUCUCUCAAAGCACAAUGGAUCAGAUGAAAGAGAAAAUCUCAAAAGGAAACGACCCUUUGACUUUUCCAAAUAUCCAAAAAUGCAUGUGGCAUUUAAGCUUUUAUACUUUGGCUGGGAGUACCAGGGAUUUGCUGCUCUUGAGGAGAGCUGUGACACCAUUGAGCAUCAUCUGUUUGCAGCUCUUCACAAAAGUUGUCUUGUUGAAAGCAAGGAAACAUGCAACUACUUCCGAUGUGGUAGGACGGACAAGACCGUGAGCGCUUUUGAUCAGGUGAUAAGUUUGACGGUUCGGGCUGCUAAGGAAGGGGAGCCACCCUUGGAAUACUGCAAGAUGUUGAACAGUCUUCUACCAAACAACAUCAUAGUAAUUGCCUGGAAACAAGUUCCUGAUGGCUUUAGUGCGAGGUUUGACUGUAAAAAGAGAACUUAUAAAUAUCUCUUUCCUAGGGGCGAUUUAGAUCUGACAGCUAUGGAGAAAGGUGCAGCAUUUUUGAUUGGCACUCAUGAUUAUCGAAAUCUCUGCAAAAUGGAUGUUGCUAAUGGAGUUAUUGAGUUUAUCCGUACAGUUGAUAAUGCUGGAAUUAAAGUCAUAUCUACCAAUUCUACCCUCAACAAUCCAGGUUAUGACAUGUGUGAAUUCACAUUGACUAGCAAAGGAUUCUUGUGGCAUCAAGUAAGAUGCAUAGUUGGAGUAUUGGUUUUAAUUGGAAGGAAACUUGAGAACCCAGAAAUUAUUCAACAUUUGCUUGAUAUUGAAAAAUGCCCCAGUAAGCCGCAGUACGGCCUCGCCAUAGGAGAGCCACUGCAGCUGUUCCGUUGUGAGUAUGAGAUUGACGGAGAUUGGGAGAUAGACAGACAUAACCUGGAGUGUGUGAUGCAGAGCCUACAACAGCAGUGGACGCUACAUACUGUCAAAAGUACAAUGGUGAGUCAGAUGAUAGCAGGUAUUGAGAACAUGAUGGAAGGUCAAACCCUGUGUCGCCAAAGCAGUGCACUCAUUCAAGGGAACAAGGGUAAAGUCUAUACGCCUCUCUUGCAGCGGCCUACAUGUGAGAGUUUGGAAGCUCGUAUCGCUCACUAUGUGGAAAAGAAAAGACUCGACAUAAACCUCAAAAAAGAAGAUAAAAUGGCAGCUUAAAUAAACUGAAUAAAAAACAA